CUACCUUAUUUCUACCCCGCGGCUACUUCUUUCUGCGCAGAUCGCAUCGAUUGCAGCCUCCCCUCCUUUUGACGACCGCAUUCACCUGCUCGUCAUGUCCAUUGAUUUUCCUCGUGAAGAGGAGGCCAUCCUCGAGAGGUGGAGGGAAAUCAACGCCUUCCGGAGACAGGUCGAACUCUCCGAGGGCCGCGAACCUUACACCUUCUACGAUGGCCCUCCUUUCGCAACUGGCCUUCCUCACUACGGUCACUUGUUGGCCUCAACCAUCAAGGAUAUCAUUCCACGUUAUUGGUCUAUGAAGGGCUACUAUGUCGAGCGUCGGUUCGGCUGGGAUACCCACGGUGUUCCCAUCGAGUAUGAGAUCGACAAGAAGUUGGGUAUGUCGGGCCUAGAGGCUGUUCAGAAGAUCGGAAUCGAGAAAUACAACGAGGAGUGCAGAGCCAUUGUCAUGAGAUUCGCCUCGGAAUGGCGUGAGACUAUCGAGCGACUGGGUCGCUGGAUUGAUUUUGACAAUGACUACAAGACCAUGAAUGCUAGCUUCAUGGAGUCCAUCUGGUGGGUUUUCAAGCAGCUUUUCGACAAGGGUCUUGUUUACCGGGGCUACCGUGUUAUGCCUUAUUCGACCGCUCUCAACACCCCCCUCAGUAAUUUUGAAGCCCAACAAAAUUACAAGGAUGUGCAGGAUCCUGCUGUCGUUGUCAGCUUCCCCCUCGUGAACGACCCCGAGACCUCCCUUCUUGCCUGGACGACCACCCCGUGGACCCUUCCUUCCAAUGUUGCUCUUGCAGUCCACCCCAACUUCGAAUACAUCAAGAUUCUCGACGAAGCCUCCGGGAAACACUACGUCCUGCUCGAGUCUUUGCUCCGUACCCUGUACAAGGAUCCUAAGAAGGCGAAAUUCAAGAUUGUCGACCGCUUCAAGGGUUCACAAAUGAAGGACUGGAAGUACCAGCCUCUCUUUGACUACUUCUACGAAGAAUUUAAGGAUGAUGGUUUCCGUGUCUUGAACGCAGAAUAUGUCACUGCUGAGGAUGGUACCGGUAUCGUUCACCAAUCCCCGGCCUUUGGUGAGGAGGAUUACAAGGUUGCCAUGGAAGGUGGUGUCAUCAAUGAGACCCGCGCUCCACCCAAUCCUGUCGAUGAUACCGGUUGCUACACCGCUGAGGUCAGGGAUUUUGAGGGCCAGCAUGUGAAGGCCGCGGAUAGAGCUAUCAUCAAGCACCUGAAGGCAGCUGGUCGCUUGAUCGUUGACAGCCAGAUUACUCACAGCUACCCCUUCUGCUGGCGCUCCGAUACUCCCUUGAUCUACCGAGCCGUGCCUUCAUGGUUCGUCAAGAUCGGUCCUAUCAUUCCAAAAAUGCUUGAGGGGAUUGAUGAGUCCCACUGGGUCCCCAGUUUCGUGAAGGAACGUAGGUUCUCGAGCUGGAUUCAGAAUGCGCGUGACUGGAACAUCUCCCGCAACCGUUUCUGGGGUACUCCUCUCCCGCUCUGGGUCAGUGAGGACUACAAGGAAGUCGUUGCGGUCGGCAGUGUCGAAGAACUGAAAGAGCUGAGCGGUUACGAGGGGGAGAUUACCGAUCUUCACCGUGAUAAGGUUGACCACAUUACUAUUCCGAGCAAGCAGGGCAAGGGUGUUCUUCGUCGUGUGAGCGAGGUCUUCGACUGCUGGUUCGAGUCAGGUAGCAUGCCCUACGCUUCUCAGCACUAUCCCUUCGAAAACAAGGAUCAAUUCGAGAAGAGCUUCCCUGGUGACUUCAUCGCGGAAGGUCUCGACCAGACCCGUGGUUGGUUCUACACGCUGACAGUUCUGGGAACCCACCUAUUCGGUAAACUCCCCUUCAAGAACUGUGUCGUAAAUGGCAUCGUCCUCGCGGAAGAUGGGAAGAAGAUGUCGAAGCGCUUGAAGAACUACCCUGAUCCGGCCCUGGUCAUGGACAAAUAUGGCUCGGAUGCCCUGCGUCUGUAUUUGAUCAACUCGCCCGUCGUGAGAGCCGAGCCUCUUCGAUUCAAGGAAUCUGGUGUCAAGGAGAUCGUUGCCAAGGUCCUUCUCCCGCUGUGGAACAGUUACAAGUUCUUUGAGGGACAGGCGGCUCUCUUCAAGAAAACCCAGGGCUUCGACUAUGUCUUUGAUCCCAAGGCUGAAGCCACCAACACUAAUGUUAUGGACCGCUGGAUUUUGGCAAGCUGCCAGAGUCUUCUCAAAUUCGUGAACGAGGAGAUGGCAGGAUACCGUUUGUAUACUGUCGUUCCCCGCCUGCUUGGGUUGAUCGACAACACCACCAACUGGUACAUCCGUUUCAAUCGCAGACGCUUGAAGGGUGAGAAUGGUGUCGAAGACACUCAGCACGCCCUGAACACCCUCUUCGAGGUUCUCUACACCCUGGUCAGGGGUCUGGCUCCAUUCACUCCGUUCCUCACCGACACCAUUUACUUGAGACUUCUUCCCCACAUUCCCGAGGCUCUCCGGGCCGACGACAGUCGCAGCGUUCAUUUCCUCCCAUUCCCCGAGGUGCGCGAGGAACUCUUCGAUGAGGUCGUCGAGAGAAGAGUCGGCCGGAUGCAGAAGGUCAUCGAAAUGGCCCGUACCUCCCGUGAGCGACGAAACAUCGGUCUGAAGACUCCUCUGAAGACCCUGGUCGUCAUUCACCAGGACGAGCAGUACCUGGAAGACGUUAAAUCUCUACAGGGCUACAUUCUGGAAGAAUUGAACAUUCUUGAGCUUGUUCUUUCUUCUGAUGAGGCUAAGUACAAUGUUCAGUACAGCGUUUCCGCUGACUGGCCCACCCUGGGCAAGAAGUUGAAGAAGGAUGUCCAGAAGGUCAAGAAAGCUUUGCCCUCGUUGACUAGCGACGAUGUUAAAAAAUUCGUUGCUGAAAAGAAGAUGCUCGUGGACGGAAUCGAGCUUGUUGAGGGCGACCUUGUCGUGAAGAAGGGUCUUAAGGAGGACUCCUCGUCAGUCAACAUGGAAUCGAACACGGACAAUGAGCUCGUGACCAUCUUGGACGCAAACUUGUACCCUGAUCUGGCCGAGCAAGGAUUGGGACGAGAGAUCAUCAACCGCCUGCAGCGUCUCCGCAAGAAGGCGGGCUUGGUCCCUACUGACGACGUGAAGAUGGAGUACGUGGUUUUGUCUGACCCUGAAGAGAUUGGUAUCAACAAGGCAUUUGAGACGCAGGCCAAGGCCAUCGAAAAGGUUGUGCGCAGACCGCUUGAGCGUCAUGAUCUUGUUGACGGCAAGCUGCCGAGCGGCGACGAGCCUCAAAUGAUCAUUCAGGAAGAGCAAGAAGUUCAAAAGGCCACCUUCUUGUUGCGGUUGCUGAAGCUGUAGAACUUUCGAUCAAGUUAAGAUGCGCAACGACAACAGUUAGAUUCGAACAAUUCCCUACAGUUGCUUGUUGUUUGUCAUGAGAUGAAAAGAUUUCUUUUCCAGUUCCAUAGAUUACGUGAAUAAUCAG